UAGAAGAGGCAUAUUAGAAAGAAAUGGUGUCGGUGAGGAGGAUCAAACUUGGGUCGCAAGGUCUUGAGGUCUCAGCUCUGGGACUAGGCUGCAUGGGCAUGUCAGCCUUCUACGGCCCUCCAAAGCCUGAACCUGACAUGAUCGCCCUCAUCCGCCAUGCCGUCAACUCCGGUGUUACCUUCCUCGACACCUCCGACGUCUACGGACCAUUCACCAACGAAAUCCUUCUUGGAAAGGCACUAAAAGGGGGAGUGAGAGAGAGAGUUCAGCUAGCUACUAAAUUUGGCAUCCUGGUUGAUGACAACGGCCGGUUUGCAGUGAAAGGAGACCCUGCGUAUGUGCGGGCCGCUUGUGAGGCCAGCCUGAAGCGGCUCGACAUCGAUUGCAUUGAUCUCUAUUACCAGCAUCGUAUUGAUACUAGUGUGCCUAUUGAAGUCACGAUUGGUGAGCUGAAGAAACUAGUUGAAGAGGGUAAAAUAAAGUACAUUGGAUUAUCAGAAGCCUCAGCUUCAACAAUAAGAAGAGCACACGCUGUUCAUCCAAUAACAUCUACGCAAUUAGAGUGGUCUUUAUGGGCAAGAGAUGUUGAGGAAGACAUUAUUCCUACCUGCAGGGAAUUGGGCAUUGGUAUUGUUGCAUACAGCCCUCUAGGAAGAGGAUUCAUGUCAUCUGGACCUAAGAUUGUUGAAAAUCUGUCUGAUGAUGAUUUCCGAAAGACUCUACCCAGAUUUCAACCCGAAAACCUCGAUCAUAAUGGAAAGGUAUUUGAGCGAGUGAAUGAAAUUGCCUCAAGAAAAGGAUGUACUCCUUCUCAGCUGACAUUGGCCUGGGUUCUCCACCAAGGAGAUGAUGUUUGUCCCAUCCCCGGAACCACCAAAAUUGAGAAUUUUAACCAGAAUAUCGGAGCCCUGUCUGUUAAACUAACACCAGAAGAAAUAGCUGAGCUCCAAUCUUUGGCUUCAGCUAUAAAAGGUGAGAGGUAUGAUGAAAGCUUAGUUACUUGGAAGAAGUCUGAAACUACUCCACCAGUAUCUUCAUGGAAAGCCGAGUGAAGAACUUCCUAGAUAUCUCCGCGUUUGAUAUAAAUGUUGCUGCUCACUCCUUGACGCCUUUGAGAACUUUGUAUUGAAGUGUGUUUGGUUAUGUACUCUU